AUGGACAGUGAUUGCGAACACAGCAGCAGCAUCGCACACAGCAGCGCAUCGCACACAGCAGCGCAUCGCACACAGCAGCGCAUCGCACACAGCACCGGCCCUCCUUCCUCCUCCCUCCCCCUCGCCCUCCGUCCCCUACCUCCCAGCUUCUACCUGUCAACGGUGAUAGCGAACGCGGCAGCAGCAGCGGACGACGGGAGGCCACCAGGCCCUUGCAAGCGGACCUCUCGUUCCUCCCUGGCGGCGCGCUCUCCUUGGUCCCCAUCGCCUGCCACUGCCACGCCCGCCCCUGCCGCCUCUCGCCGCACUCCCUGCUGCUCGUGCGCUCCGCAGCCUUGCUCUUAUGAUUGUGUGCGCACUGAACAAUGUUACUCUGCAUUGCAUGCUCUUCUGCCCCGUCCCUCUCUUCUCACCCCCUUAUUCUUACCCCUCCUCUCCUCGCCCCCCUCCUUCUCACUCCCGCCCACCCCUUCCCCCUUCCCCUCUCCCCCUGGCAGCAUCACUGCUAGGGAUGAGCGCGUGUGGGCCGCACCCUUCCCCUCCCCCCUUCCCCUCUUCCCAGCCCAGCCGUGCGUUGCUGCUGCCGGCACCUUUUCCUUCAGCACUGCCCGCUCUGCCCUCACGCCCUCAUCUCAUGCAUUACUGCUAGACAUCAGAUGA